UCUGAAUUGAUCAGACAUUUGCCUCUGGAUAGUUAAACAAUAUACUAGCUCUUAAUGGUUCAGACCUCUUACUGGUUCAGCACUUAAUGGUUCAGACCUCUUACUGGUUCAGCACUUACCCAUUCAGAAGUUACCAAACAGCCCCUUAGUCAAAAAAGAUAGAUAAUCCAAAUGUUAUCGCGAGCCACUCUUCCAUCCAACCAAACAGAGCAUUUCCACAUGAGAAGCAGAAAAGGAUCGAAAACAAUGAAAUAGGCGAAAUUUAUAAUUCUCUUCUUCUUCUUCUUCUUCUUCUUCUUCUAAGCUGCAAUUCCGCAUAAAUGGCACUCAAUUCAGUCUCUCUAAAACCACCGCCAAUAAAAUCCAUCGGCAUCUCUUCUUCCCUCAAGCCCGUCGUUGCCUUUCAAUCUCCUUCCCCGCUAGGCCACCGGACUCAGAAUGGCUCUCUUUCUCUUGGGAGAGAGCCAAAGAUUUGGAGAGCAAUAGUUUCAACUGCAUUGGCAGCUGCAGUGAUCACAUCUGGCCCCAAUGAGAUGUCUGCCAUGGCUGAUCUCAACAAGUUUGAAGCUGCUCAACGUGGGGAAUUCGGGAUAGGAUCAGCCGCUCAGUUUGGUUCUGCUGACCUCAAAAAAGCUGUUCAUGUGAAUGAAAAUUUCAGAAGAGCAAAUUUCACAGCUGCUGACAUGAGAGAAUCAGAUUUUAGCAGUUCCACAUUCAACGGGGCAUAUCUUGAGAAAGCAGUUGCUUACAAAGCUAAUUUCACCGGUGCAGAUUUGAGCGACACAUUGAUGGAUCGUAUGGUUUUAAACGAAGCCAAUCUCACAAAUGCUGUACUUGUUAGAUCAGUUCUUACAAGGAGUGACCUUGCUGGUGCCAUAAUCCAAGGGGCUGACUUUAGUGAUGCCAUUUUAGACCUCCCGCAGAAACAGGCUCUGUGCAAGUAUGCGAGUGGGACGAAUCCGGUGACUGGGGUUAGCACCAGAAACAGUCUCGGCUGUGGCAAUACCCGAAGAAACGCUUAUGGUAGCCCGUCCUCCCCUUUGCUAAGUUCUCCCCCGCAAAAACUGCUGGACCGUGAUGGGUUUUGUGAUGAAGCCACUGCCUUUUGUGAUAACAAGUAACUGCUCUGAUCUCCAAAUAAUCAAUAGAAUUAUUCUGU